AUGAUCCCCUACAUUAUUGCCACCAAUUUUCUGCUAUGCAUAGCUUCUCAAAUUCUGUUUCCAACUGAAGCUGCCGCUACUGGCUCAGAGACUGAUCGGCUUGCUUUGCUUGCUCUCAAAGAUAAGUUAACCAAUGGUGUUUCAGAAGCCCUGCCUACGUGGAAUGAUUCUGUCCACUUCUGCAAAUGGCAAGGCGUUACAUGCGGUUCUCGUCACAUAAGAGUCUCAGCUUUGAACUUGACAAGCCAAAAUUUGGGCGGCACUAUUGCACCAGCAUUAGGUAACUUAACCUUUCUCAAACUGCUCAAUCUUUCUCAUAACAGAUUACAUGGUGAAGUUCCCAAACAAAUUGGUUAUCUUAAACAGUUACAAAUUCUCCAUUUGGGUGAUAAUAAUCUCCGAGAGCUCCCGAUAGAGCUGGCUAACUGUUCUAAGCUCCAUCAAAUUUUCUUUGGAAUCAAUAAUUUGACUGGUAAAAUCCCUUUCUGGUUUGGAUCUAUGCAACAGCUGACACUGUUGUCAAUUCAUACCAAUGAAUUUCUUGGCAAUAUUCCACCUUCCUUGGGAAAUCUUUCAUCCUUGGAGGUUUUGUCUCUUGCAUCCAAUAAUUUGGAAGGAAGUAUACCUCAAUCUCUAGGUGGGCUUUCAAAUUUGCACAGGCUCGAUCUUGAUAGCAAUAAUUUUUCUGGUAUAAUCCCUUCUUCACUUUACAAUCUUUCUCGCAUGGAAAUUUUAAACUUUUUUUUCAACUCCCUGUCUGGAACUAUUCCACUAAAUAUUGACCUUGCUUUCCCGAAUCUUCGAAAGUUUAAUGCGGGACACAACAUGUUGAUGGGAACUAUUCCAGCUUCAUUAUCCAACCUCUCUCAAUUGCAACUAUUUGCAAUAUAUGAAAAUGCUUUUAGUGGCCUAGUCCCUACCUCUUUGGGAAGACUACAGAACCUUCAGAAUUUUGGGAUUUCCGAAAAUAAUUUUGGGGGUGAACAAGGUCAUGACCUGGAUUUUCUCUCAUCAUUUACAAAUUGUAGUCAAUUGCAAGUGAUAGAGAUUUCAUAUAAUAAAUUUAGCAGUGUAUUGCCAAAUUCAAUUGGGAAUUUCUCUUCCCACCUUGAAUGGCUUCAUAUGGGAGUCAAUCGUAUCAUUGGAAGCAUACCUAAUGAGAUUGGGCAAUUAAACGGAUUGAUUUUCCUUGGUUUGCAACAUAACUUGCUUCAAGGCACAUUUCCACAUUCAAUUGGAAAGCUUGAAAAUCUAGGAGAGCUAUUUCUAGACCAAAAUCAAUUAUCUGGUAAACUUCCUGAUAUCUUUGGAAAUCUUACUAAGCUGAUUCAACUUUCUUUGCACAAUAAUAAUUUGGAGGGAAGCAUUCCAUUAAGCCUCAAACAUUGUGAAGGUCUGCAAAUCUUGUACCUAUGUCAAAAUAACCUAAGCGGUCAUAUGCCAAAGCUAACUUUUGGUCACCUAGAAAGCUUAAUACAGCUUGACUUGUAUACCAAUUCCUUGAUUGGUCCCAUUCCAUCUGAGAUUGGUAAAAUGAAGCAAUUAGUGAGAUUAGAUCUCAGUCAAAACAAUUUUUCCGGUGAUAUUCCAACAGAACUUGGAGAGUGUUUACAGUUGACAGAACUUUAUCUAUAUGAGAACCCCCUCCAUGGAAGUAUCCCCUCAUCCUUUAGUUUCUUAAAAUCUCUUAUCAUCUUAGACCUGUCCAAUAACAAUUUGUCAGGCACAAUCCCGCAAGAACUAAAAGAUUUUCCAAUGCUGGAGAUUGUGAACCUAUCUCACAACCAUUUUCAUGGUGAGGUUCCAAAAGGAGGAGUGUUUGAUAAUAUUACAGCCAUCUCACUCAUAGGAAAUGAGAAUCUUUGUGGCGGAAUACCUCUACUAAAGCUACCCAAAUGCCCAAGUAAGUCGAAGAAACAAGUCAAUGUCAUAAUCCUUGUAAUCAUUGUGAUAGCUGGUGCUCUUACUUGUUUUGCAAUGUGCCUAAUCAUUUACAUGAGGAGAAAACAUAAAAAGUUGUCUUCUUCCACACCUUCCCCACAAAAUGAUCAUUUCACGGCUUCUUAUAAAGAGCUGCAUGAUGCAACCAAUGGAUUUUCUUCAUCCAAUUUGGUUGGUGUAGGAAGCUUUGGUUCUGUAUAUAAAGGAACUCUUCAACACUUUGAAUGUUUUAUUGCUGUGAAGGUGCUAAAUCUUCAAGCACAUGGGGCAACAAAGAGUUUCAUCACAGAAUGCAAAACUCUUAGUAAGGUCCGACAUAGGAAUCUAUUGAAGAUUCUAACUACAUGUUCAAGUGUUGAUUACAAAGGCAAUGAUUUUAAGGCCCUUGUAUUUGAGUUCAUGCCUAAUGGGAGCCUGGAGAAUUGGUUGUCAGCAAACGAACUUGGUGAAGCUAGAGAUUUAUAUAUGAAUUUCAGACAGAGAUUGAACAUAGCUAUUGAUGUGGCUCAUGCUUUGGAGUAUCUUCAUCAUGGUUUUGGAGAAACUAUUGUUCAUUGUGAUAUCAAGCCAAGUAAUGUUCUUCUUAAUGAUGAUAUGGUGGCACAUUUAGGAGACUUUGGAUUAGCUAGGCUUCUUCAUGAAGUUACAAGCUACUUUGGUGAGGGCCAAACUACAUCUUUAGCAAUUAAGGGAACAAUUGGCUAUAUUCCUCCAGAGUACGGUGAAAGUGACCAAGUUACAACAAAAGGGGAUAUCUAUAGCUAUGGGGUACUUAUGCUAGAGAUGCUCACUGGAAAGAAGCCGACAGAUAGCAUGUUUCGUGAUGAUCUAAGUCUACCCAAAUUCUGCAAGCUAGCAUUACCAGAUGGAGUCCUUGAGAUUGUAGAUUCAAAUUUGCUUGUUCUAUCUGAUAGAGACCGUAGGAAAGUUAUGCAGAAUUCAAAUGUGGAACAUCAAAUUCAAGAGUCUCUAGCUAGCUUUGGUGGGAUUGGAGUGGCAUGCUGUGCAGAAUUUCCUGGUGAAAGAAUGGGUAUCAAAGAUGCUUUAGUGGAGUUGCUUGCAAUUAAGCAAAAGCUAUCCACGUUCAACAUUGUCAUAUGAAUUAGUGGAUAGCUUUUAUGACACUUCUCCACUAUAUAUGGAAUUGGUAUAU